AUGGAAGACAACCUGAUAGCAAGCGCGCACUCUUCUGCGUUCAGAGAGUCAGAGGAUUUGGAGGGCCAAUCCAGCGAAAUCGAAGGGUACGAUUUCAAUCAAGGCAUAGACUACCCUCGCCUCCUCAGCUCCAUGCUUUCCACUGGCUUCCAAGCCUCCAAUCUCGGAGACGCCAUUCAAGUCGUCAACCAAAUGCUAGAUUGGAGCCUAGCAGUCGAGGGUGUAGCUGAAGAUUGCGGUGAGGACGAGACGGAUUUGAAGUACAGAAUGUCGGUGAAAUGCAAGGUGUUUCUGGGUUUUACUUCGAAUUUGGUUUCGUCUGGGAUUAGAGACACGAUUCGGUACUUGGUGGAGCACCGUAUGGUGGAUGUGGUGGUUACAACUGCUGGUGGCAUAGAAGAAGAUCUUAUAAAAUGCCUUGCGCCCACUUAUAGAGGUGAUUUCUCUUUAGCUGGAGCUCAGUUGCGGUCGAAAGGCUUGAAUCGUAUCGGUAAUUUGCUUGUUCCUAAUGGUAACUACUGCAAGUUUGAGGAUUGGAUCAUACCUAUUUUCGACCAGAUGUUGAAGGAACAAACUGAGCAGAACAUAUUGUGGACGCCGUCUAAAUUGAUUGCACGCUUGGGGAAGGAAAUAAAUGAUCGACGUUCAUAUCUUUAUUGGGCAUACAAGAACAAUAUCCCAGUUUUCUGUCCAGGCUUAACAGAUGGCUCACUGGGAGACAUGUUGUACUUUCAUUCUUUCCGCAGUCCAGGUCUGAUCGUUGAUGUAGUGCAAGAUAUUAGGGCCAUGAACGGCGAAGCUGUCCAUGCAAAUCCAAGGAAGACUGGAAUGAUCAUUCUCGGAGGGGGCCUGCCCAAACACCACAUUUGCAAUGCCAACAUGAUGCGUAAUGGUGCGGAUUAUGCUGUCUUCAUCAAUACUGCACAAGAGUUUGAUGGGAGUGAUUCUGGAGCUCGUCCAGAUGAGGCUGUAUCAUGGGGGAAAAUACGGGGUUCUGCUAAAACUGUUAAGGUACAUUGCGAUGCAACAAUUGCUUUCCCUCUGCUGGUUGCUGAAACAUUUGCCAAGAAAGCUGUCGAGACCAUGACUUAA